AUGAACGGAAAUCAGACACACAAUCUCUCUGAUAAUGUCGAACGUACGGACUAUCCCGAGCGUGCAGAGCAUAUUUUGUUCACAGAACCAGACUCCGAGGACAACGAAGGAUCUUUGCACCCACCGCUUCCGCGUUCCGAGACUAUGCCUCUUGUGCCCUUUCAACAUCUUGUCCUGGAUCCGAAUGAAUGCCGCACCGCUAGCACCGUGGAAGCACCUAGCGACGCUGCCAGUAGUCUACCACCUGCGAAGCGCGUUCACCCUAUGUUUCUCGAGCCUGUGCAAUCCGACACCCUGAUCAGGACUUCCCCUCGCAUAUUUGGGCCUUCUUCUCUUCGUCCCGUUUGCGAGCCGUCAUCUAUGUCUCGUCGCCGACUCGCCUCGAACGGACCUGCUUUGUGCGGCAAGCUAGAGCUCCCUUCUCCGUCUGAAUGGCAGUCCACCCUCGGCUUUCUUGGACUAGAUAAUCCGCUCCCUGGGCCUCGCACGGCACCUUCUUGCUCAGGAGAUGUCACACCUAUAACCCCCGUGGAUCAACGCGUGCAAACACCCAUUGCGCCCCCAGAGCUUCUUCGCGCGCGAAUGCCCAAACCGAGAAAUCUGACUGGGGUCCAUCUCGUCUUUGACGGUGCUGGUCUCGAUUACUCGCCUCAGACGCCUAUUGAUCUGCCUUUCACUUCUCCUGUUAUCCGAGAAUCCCCUACUCCAUCUUCUCCUGGGCAGAGGUCGAGCUCGCUUCCUCCAAGCAACGCCGUGUCCACUCUGUUUCGUUGGGCGCCCAGACGAUCUGAUAGUGAUGCUCUGAAGGCUGGUUUGCGGCUGCCCAUCUCUCCCCUCAGAAACACACAACCUGCAAAGCGCAGCCACUACCCCCUGACUGGUAGCUGCCCAAAGUCCCACGCCCCGCGUCCUCCAGCCCUGCGCCUCGCCCUCUCACGGCGGCUCUCGUACAAGAGCGCGUUUGGUGGGCCCUCAACGCCGCCGACCGCACUCGCCCCUAGCCUGGCUUCUCCAGCGGUCAUCCAGUCCUUCUGUUUGUCGACCCCGUCAACUCCGCCAAUGGCCGAUGCGAAAGCUUCCACGAUGAUCACUCCGCCUGUUCUCGUCGAUUCUCCGGGCUACUUUUGUCUCUGA